GGGUUAGUGAGACUAAACGAAAGCAGCGCGCCGGAGAAGGCCAAGGCGUCUAGGUUGCGGUGGGCUUCGAGAACCGCCUCCUGCUUGAGGAUCUCGAUCUUUCACAGAGGCUUCUCCACUGGCACCUCCCCAUCCAUCAUCGGAAGUAUGCAUGUUUGCAUGUACCUUCCAUCUGAAUUCUAUCCAUAAGGGACAUCAUGGUUGAUGACUUUGCCCAGGGUUUUGGUUUGGCAACUUUCCCCAAUCCAUCAUUUGUCCAUGACUUCAUUUGUUUUGCACUGGGAGAGGGAUCUCAAGUUGAAGGCAUUUGCACAAUUAGAAUGGCAAAAGGAUUAAUAUGGGCAACCACUGAAGACUUGGCAAGGAACCGAGCAAAGGUUUUGUCAUUGUACCGUCAGAUAUUGAGAAGCCUCAACUCCCCAGAACUCCCACUCACCCAUGCGGCUCGUCUCGCCAAGAAAGCAGAGGUCCGCAGCAUCUUCUUGUUCGGAGCUGAAGAACGUUCUCUCCACAACAUUGCUGACCUCAUUGAUGCUGCUAAUUACUCCCUUUCCAUCCUUAAGCAGGGCCGCCUCCCAUAGUGUACAAAUUUAUUAAGGAUUUGAAAUAUGCUGACACGCAUGAGUGGGUUAAAGUUGAUAGCUCUUCUGCAAUGAUAGGAAUAACCAGGAUCACUUGGGUGAUGUUGUAUAUGUUGAAUUGCCAUUAGUUUCUGGAGCUGUGGCUCAGGG